AUGAAUUCACUGAAGGCAGGUUUGAAAAUCACUCCAUUAGCUGACAGCUUCAAGAAAACAUGCUUAUGUGAAGGAGAACGCGGACUUACACUGUUGCGUUACAAAUCUGGUGGUGACUUUUAUCUACCUGGGCUCAAUAUACCAUAUGUACAGAGAGUUUACUACCAGUCAACAGUGAUUAUUUGUUUCGAUUUCAACACAAAAAGGAUUACUCAAACUAUAUGA